UUGUACUAUAAUCAAACCGCUCAGGGUACGUACAAGUGCGGGACCGAAGCUGCUGAAAGCACGGGGAUGGAAAAUGUACCCUGCAUUGUCUGAAAACUCUGUCCAGAUUGCUGUGAACCUCUGAGUGAAAAUGGCCUUCUUUCAGAACAACUUCUGGGGGGAGAAAAAUGCCGGCUUUGACGUGCUUUACCACAACAUGAAGCAUGGCCAGCUGGCAUCCAAGGAGCUAGCCGAGUUUGUCCGAGAGAGGGCUGCCAUUGAAGAAACUUACUCCAAAUCGAUGAGCAAACUGGCUAAAAUAGCCAGCAAUGGCAGUCCACAGGGGACUUUUGCACCCAUGUGGGAUGUGUUCAGGGUGUCCUCAGACAAACUGGCCCUCUGCCAUCUCGAGCUGAUGAAAAAGAUGAAUGAUCUCAUCCGUGACAUCAACAAGUAUGCAGAUGAGCAGGUUAAAAUUCACCGCAGGACCAAGGAGGAGAUGGUGGGGACGGUCGAGGCAGUGCAGGCGCUGCAGGUUCAGAGUGGUCACCUCCAGAAGUCAAAGGAUGGUUACCAUGCCAAAUGUCUGGAGCUGGAUCGGCUCAGGAAGGAGGGAGCACCACAGAAAGAACUGGAGAAGGCGGAGCUGAAGUCUAAGAAAGCUGCUGAGUCAUUUGCGUUGUGCAUCGAGAAAUAUAACCGCGUGGGAGGAGAGUUUGAACAGAAGAUGAGCGAGUCCGCCCAGAAAUUUCAGGAGAUCGAGGAGGCUCAUCUGCGGCAGAUGAAACAGCUGAUAAAAGGUUAUUCUCACUCCAUUGAGGACACCCACGUCCAGGUGGGACAGGUUCACGAGGAAUUCAAGCAGAAUGUGGAAAACAUUGGUGUAGAUAACCUCAUUCAGAAGUUUGCUGAACAGAAGGGCACAGGGAAAGACAGGCCAGCGCUUGUUGGAUUUGAGGACUACAUGACAGCUUUGGCUCCUGAAGGAGGAAAAAAGAGUCGAGCAAAAGCCUUCAGGAUCCCCGGCCUUGGCAAGAGAGACAAGGAGCCAGACUCUACAGAUUUGGCUGUUACAGAGACACUGAACUCACCGCUGGAAGUGGACGAUGAGGGAUUUGUCAUCCGAGCUGACAGCACUCAGAAUGGCUGCUCUGAGAAGGAGAACAAUUUUUACUCCAGUGAUUCAGACUUUGAUGAUGAGGAGCCCAAAAAGUUCCACAUUCAGAUCCGGCCAGUAGCCAGCAGCAAUCGCAGCGGUUCAGUCGCCACAGAGAAGGAGCUGAAGGCCACCGUGGGCUCACUCACUCUGCCGCCCAACAGAGUUCGGCAGCAGGUAUCAGCGAAGCGGUAUCUCUCCAGAAACUCCAGUACUGCAGGAGGUCUGUCAGAAGACAGCGAGGCCGCCUCUCACAGAGAUGGAGAGCAGGAGGGCCUACGCAGGUCCUCCUCCAGCCCGGAUCACUGCAGGUUGAGUUCGACAGCAUCGGGUUCAGACAGUCUGUUCGGACCACCGCUGGAGUCGGCCUUCAAGUCCAAAAGUUUUGACAGCCGUGAACAGCUAAGAGAGCAGAACACUUUUGGUACUUCUGACUAUGCUGCCUUCUCAUCUGAUUCCUCAUCACCUGAGAACGUUGAAGACUCCGGCCUGGACUCACCUUCCCAUCAGCCUUUUGGGCCCUCUCCUGAGCCGGUGGGUUGGGCAGCUUGGCCUCCUGUGGCACAGAGUAAAGAACAGACACAAACACUAGGACGACUAGUGGACCCUUUCCUCUCUGUUUUCCAUGACCCUCCCCCUGGACACAGCCCAAACCCGCAGGGGGACCCUACCAGCAUCUGGUCUGUUGCCUCAUCUCGUCCAUCACGCGUCCCCCCAGACAUGGACACAUCAUCGGUACGAUUCCCUGCUUUCUCUCAGUCCCUCCAGCCACGUGAGAUGGAGUCAUCAGUGUGGAACUGCAAACACAUCCCACCUGAAGACCCCUUCCUUGCUGCCUUUGAGACGACGGUUACCCAGGAGACACUAAAUAUGUCUGAUGCCUGGACACGCCCGCCGCCUCGUCUGUCUCAGGAAGGCAGGGGAAAGGAAGUACGUGGGGACCCGUUUUCUGUCUCUCUUGUAGACAACAAAACACUUCCACCCCCUUCCUCCUCUUCGUCAUCUUCCUCCUCUAGCCGUAAAGAAAGAGACAGGAAACGGGACCGCAGCCUCCCUCCUCCUGUCACUUCCGAUGAUCCAUUUGCGAUCACGAUGAUUGGCAGUCCAACACACCAGUCAUCACUGGCUGCAGCAUCCGGGAUGAUACCGCCGCACAGCGGCAGCAGCUCCGCCAACAGCAGCAGACUGGGUCUCGAUGCCAGUUCGAGCUCUUUACCAUCACCUCAGCCGAAGAAGGAGGUGACGCACUGGAACUCUGUCCACAAUCCUUUUAGUGAAGGUGUCAGCUCCAGAUCACAGGAAGGAGGGGGGAAAGGUGACGGAGGAGGUGGAGGAGAAAGGAGAAAACAUCGAUCAUCAGAGAGCGAGCCACGCAGGAACGCCCCUCCCCUUACGAGGCACUCAGGACCUCAGGAGGAUCUGUGUUUCUCAACAGACAAAGAUCAGGACUGUCUGGAUCUGAACACUCAGAUAACCUGCAACAUCAGCACCAACAAGGGGUCCAAACAUAACUUCAGACAAGACAAAGCUGAACUGGUUGCAGCUGCUCCUCAGAGAGCGGCCCGAGCCAAGAGGUCUUCAGGUCGACUCAGCGGCUCUGAUAGGUCCCGGUCACUGUGUUCAUCCCCGAUGCUUGAGCCCUGCCCUUCCCUCACCUCCUCGUCCUCCUCCAGCCCCAGUGAGUGGGCGCCUCAGGCAAGAGACGGAGAUUGGGCUGUGCAAAACCGAGCAUCCAGUCCUGCCAGAGUGGGACAAGCCUCACCGCUGCCCUUCCAGCACCAGGACCUCCAACAGAGACCGCUGCACCUGUCCAGAGGUCCCAGCCCCAUUUCCCUCAGCACGCAGGAGGCCUGGCCAGUAGCAGCAGCUAUAACUGAAUAUAUCAACGCUUACUUCAAAGGUGGACAGCACAACCGUUGUCUCGUGAAGAUCACCGGCGACCUGACGAUGUCCUUUCCAGCAGGAAUAACCCGGAUUUUCACAGGCAAUCCCAACGUUCCCGUGCUCAGCUUCAGGCUGGUCAACAUCUCAAGGAUCGAUCACUUCCUGCCCAAUCAAAAGCUGCUUUACAGUGAUCCAUCUCAGAGUGACCCGGACACCAGAGAUUUCUGGUUCAACAUGCAGGCCCUGCAGAUCUACCUGCAGAAAGAGGCUGAACUCAACCCCCAGGCUUCGUACUACAACGUAGGCCUGCUCAAGUAUCAGGUAUCAUCUCAGGACCCGGGUCGGGCUCCUCUCCUGCUGUCAGCUGAGUGUCAGCGGAGCGGCACGGUGACCCGAGUCUCCCUGGAUUAUCACUGCUGCCCAGCCACCGCACCCUCCACCCAGCUUACUGCUGUCCAGGUGCUGCUGCCUCUGGACCACACCGCCACAGAUCUUCAGUGCCAGCCGCCCGCCUCCUGGAACGCAGAGGAGCGACGGCUGCUGUGGAAACUUCCCAACCUUUCCCCGACCAACCACAGUAAAGGCUCGGGCACUCUUUGUGCCAGCUGGCAGUGCCUGGAGGCUCCCCGCGGCCCUCCUCCCAGUCUGGCUGUUCAGUUCGUGGGCUCUGGGACCUCGCUGUCGGGCAUGGAUGUGGAGCUGGUGGGCAGCCGCUACCGCAUGUCGCUCAUCAAGAAGAGAUUUGCUACAGGGAAGUACAUGGCGGGCUGCUCUUUGUGAAAGGUCCAACACACUGUCAGACAGUUAAAAGGCUCGACGCUGCAGCUCGAGAGAACUUCGCACUUUUCCAGCAUCUGAGUCAAAAGGUCGCCCUUGGUAAGAUGAGGCUGCUCAGCCAUGGAGGACAACGUGCACUUACUUCUGACUGUCCUGCUUCUUUAGGACCAAGCCUUUUCUUUCUUUUCUUCUAACUUGUGUGUUGUAUGUUUGGGUUUUCCUGCCUUUUCCAGGAAGAAAAAAAUGUAUUGAAUCAUCUGUACACAUUGUGUUCUGUGUGCCUUUGUAUCAAGAAACUGCAAACUAAGCUAGAUGUCGGAACAUUU